AUGUCGAGCUUCACUGCGCAAACCGGAUGGGAAGACGGGCCUGGGCGGUGCUCGUUUUUCACCAAACGUUGGACUCCCAGUGGGAAAGAGCCAAUUGCCAAGUUGAUAUUCUUUCAUGGAUUCAUGGAGCACAUCUCUCGUUACGACCAUGUCUUCAGUCGAUAUGCCGAGGCUGGUAUCGAGGUCUUUGCCUUCGACCAACGGGGUUUUGGUGAAACCGCGGCGCGGACCAAGACCCAAGGGCAAACAUCUUGGGCGGCCGGUCUCAAGGACGCUGACUUUUUUGUCGCCCAAGAGGCUGCUCCUGAACGCUGCCAUGGUCGCAAGGUCUUCCUGAUGGGUCACAGCAUGGGGGGUGGAAUAGCCUUCGCUUACACGACACGUUCCCCGCCGCUUGAAGGUCUAUCAUUAAUUACUGGUGGCUUAGUACUCUCCAGUCCGUUGAUUGCCCAAACUCCCGGUGUGGCUACCGCUGGUGCUUUGAUCAGACUUGGUAGCUUCGUGGGUGCCAUCUUGCCCAAGCUCAGCCUCAAUGUCGGGGUCUCCGCCAAAGACAUCUGCAGGGAUCCUGUCAUCCAGGAACAAUACAGUCACGAUCCGUUAUGUGCUCCUAUAGGGACUUACAAAGGAGUGGGUGAUAUGCUUUUGGGUGGACAGCAAUUGCUUUCUCAUGAUUACAAGCAAUACCCGUCGAAAUUACCUGUGUUGGCGGUUCAUGGUACAGCGGAUAAUGUCACUUGGCACGAUGCCACCCAGCAACUUGUCGAAAAAACAAUGGCAGAAGAUAAAACAUUCAAGGAUUUUGAAGGAUAUUAUCACGAGAUGCAUAACGAACCAGGCGAUGAUAAAUUCAAACAAAUGGACUACAUCAUCCAAUGGAUCACUUCGCAUGUUUAA